UAGCGGGGUGCUCAAGACAACAUAUAGCUACGCUGAUACGUUCGGUAUCUGUUCAUCCGAUUGUAUUUGGCAUAGCCUCAAAUAUGCCUCGUGUGUAUGUCGGUAGGCUGAGCUACCAUGUCCGGGAAAAGGACAUUCAGAGAUUUUUCAGUGGUUAUGGCAAGCUUUUGGAGAUUGACUUGAAAAAUGGGUAUGGAUUUGUGGAGUUUGAGGACACACGUGAUGCCGAUGAUGCCGUGUAUGAACUGAACGGCAAAGAGCUGUGCGGAGAGCGUGUAAUCGUCGAACAUGCUCGAGGACCACGGCGGGACCGAGAUGGAUAUGGUGGGGGUUAUGGGGGUGGUGGGCGCAGCAGCAGUGGUUAUAGCAGCAGGAGCCGCAGUGGUAGGGAUAAGUAUGGGCCACCUGUGCGCACGGAAUACCGUCUUGUUGUGGAGAACCUGUCGAGUCGCUGCAGCUGGCAGGAUCUCAAGGACUUCAUGCGCCAGGCUGGUGAGGUGACUUACGCCGACGCUCACAAAGAAAGAACCAAUGAAGGUGUGAUCGAGUUUCGCACUUAUUCUGACAUGAGAAGAGCCCUGGACAAGUUGGAUGGCACCGAUAUUAACGGGAGAAAAAUCCGUCUGGUGGAGGACAAGCCCAGGCGAAGGAGGUCUUACUCUGGCAGCCGAUCCAGGUCUCGCAGCAGACGACGCUCACGUAGCAGAAGCCGUAGGAGCAGAAGCUCUCGCAGCAACUCAAGGUCUAGUUCUCGGUCUCGGUCCCGCAGCAAGCGCCGCUCCCGUUCCAGGUCUGGACGCAAGUCCCGCUCCAGAUCCAGGAGAAAGUCCCACUCCAAAUCUCCUGCCAAAUCCCGAUCCAAGAAGUCCCGUUCUCGUUCACGCACUCGCAAGUCUCGCAGCCGCUCUGUUAGCCACAAAUCCCGAUCUCGUUCAGACGCCCGCAAGUCCCGCUCCAAGAGCCGCUCCAAGGGUAAGUCAGAGCGAGAUUCCCGUAGUCGCUCCAAGGAGAAGUCUGUGAGCAAGAAAUCUCGUAGCCGUUCCGCCUCCCCGAUGGAGAACGGAAACGGAGAGCGAGCUAAGUCAGCAUCUCGGUGUCCAUCGCCACGGGAGGACCGCCGUCCCUCCAAAUCACCGGCCAAACGAUCAGCCUCGCGUUCCGUCUCCCGGUCAAAGUCCCGUUCACGUUCCAGGUCUGCAUCUCAAGACUAAAGGUCUACCCAGUGUACUCUUGAGUUUUGAAUUGGUAUUGAUAUUUUGAAGACCGCAGUUGCAAAUUUGAUUGAGAUUUACCCCCUCUCACAGCACUUGGCACCAAGUGUGUGCUUCUGUGUAAAUUCAGAAUAAUUUUCAAUAUUGCAUGUGAAUGAGGGAGUAAAUGUGUACAUGGCAGUGAAAUACAAGCUAGAGGAGCUGUUUUUCCUUUUUCCUCACGUAUUUUGCAUAAGUCAUGUUUAGAGUGCCAGACUGAGUGAAUGCAUUGCAUAAACCUUUUUCCCUUGGUUUGACUGGUUGCAUUGCAUAAAUCCUUUUUUCAGGAGCUUCAAUUGGUAAGCUACAUCUUUUAUCAAUGCGGAUAUAACCAUGUCUCCUCUCAAGUCUCCUACUAUAGAGUUUACAGAAAAGGUGAUUUCUGAUCAAGCCUAAUGCCCCCCCCACCCACCCCUCAUGUUCAUUCUUUUUGGGAAGAAAUGCGUCUUUGCUGUACAGUUCUGUUCAUUUUGUUUUCAUGUAUGAACCGCUUUCUGUUAAAUACAGUUUCUCCACUUUUGAGUGUUAGUAAUGAUGUAACAUUUCUCACCUUAAUACCUGGGAAACCCCUGACCGUGUAGUCCUUGUUUUCUUUCUUUUUUCUCCACCCAGGUUUUUGCUUGAUUUUAUAAAUUUCAUGUGUAUUGAUCAAUCCUUUGUAAUAUUUUA